AUGUGUAACCUACUGUCAAAUUACCAAGAUACACUGGAUUCAAGUGAGACGGACUCAUGGUCUACAAAUGCUAAAUAUGAAGAUCUAAAGAUUCCUAACACUGCAGGGCAAAAAUCCGAUCAAUCAAAAGAAAAUAACACAGGUAAAAAAUCAAUGAAAAAUAUCAACUACAAAUCUAAAUUAACCCAAUAUAAACCACAAAUCAAAUCUACAUCUCAACCAAAAUCCGGUUGUAUAUCAUCAACGUGUUUAUCGGGAAAGCCUAGUUUAAGCAAUAAAUUAUAUUCGGACAAACGUGAAUCAAAUGAAAUAGUAUUAGCCAAUGCAAAUAGUUUGAUUGUACAAUUGAACAGAGAAUUAACAGAUUGCAAAUCUGAAUUAAGAACAAUAUUAAGGCAAUAUAAAAUGCAAGCUGUACGGUUGGAUAAAGCUAUAGCACGUGAAGCUGAAAUGCUAGAAGUUGUUGAUCGUUUGAAAUCAGAAAUACGUUCAUGA